CGGUAUCUAUCGAGUUAUACGAUCCCAGGUGAUAACGUGGCUGCAUGCGCCUGGGCAUGAUCUAACUUUGCUAUCUGAACAUGUAGGAUAAAAUGAGGUGGAGGCUGUACGUGGCAUCGGCGGAUUGAUUCUGUGGAAGCAAGCCCAUUGUGAAGAGGUAUGUCUAUUUUAAAUAGCGUUUGGGUCUGCCUUCCGAAGAAGUGUUCAGCAGCUCACGAAUCUCUACAUGACCUCGAUUUUCACUAGCACUGACUCCAUCAUAGAGGCCCACGUGAUGUUUCGAAGCUAAUAAGGUUUCCACGCGGAUGCGUACCAGUCAAGACCGGCGCAAUAGAAUAGUGCGAUUAAGUUUUCCGAUGGAUCGGCGAACAUAGAGGAAGUGUACUGGUAGCGACUUGCCUUCAUUAGGUAUGUGAUCAUGAGCCCCCGAUGUAAGGACAUGUUGCAGUGAUUUCUGUUCCUUAGUGGGCUUGAUUACAAUGCCCAACCUUACCUCGUCCUAUGUGCCGCAUUACGUUGCAGCACCUCCUACGGAGGAAAAUUUGGAGUAUGCCGACCUUGCGAUCAUGGACAUUUCGAAAGCCGCUACUGAAGAAGGUCGCGCGGCCCUCACAAUUAAAUUGGAGAAGCCCUCCUCAACCACGUAUUCUUCUAUGUCGUCAAUCUUUAAACAAUAUCACACUAAUCGCGAUGUCACCAAGCAAGGACAUCCAGAAGCUCUCCGUCCUAUUCUCCCAGAGAUCCAGGAGUUCAGCAAACAUGACCACUUCAACAUGCUACAUCCUAUCCACAUAUCCUGGCUUAUUGCUCGUAGCUUUGAGCUACCCGAAGAUAUGCUGGUGAACAAGCAUGACUACGACGCCGUCGGCGAGACCGCUGAUACAUACCUUUCCACCUCAGCGAGAAUAUUGAUGAUAUAUACAAUGCAGGUCCAGUGCGAGAGUGCUAGCGAGUAUUGA